AUGGUCGCGCAAGUGUUCAAAGUCGCGAUAAAACUGUUCCAUUUCUUGCGGAAUCCUUUGAACAGGCCUUUGGAACCACUCUUGUGGGUCGCCUCGACGAUAUCGGCGAAAAGGGCGUUCAAAUCCUCUGUUUCCUCUUUGCCGAACGCCGGCGCGGAUGAACAACGAAUCGAUACAAAGAAACGCAUUUUAGGCAACAGAUUAUUUCCAGCCUGCGUGGUUUUAGUGCAAGCGCGGUUAGAUGGCACUCGGUGGCAAGUCGUCCCGGCGUAUGUAGGGACCGGUUUGACCGUGUUGGUGGACGCGUUGGACGCGAAGCUGAAAACGAGAGUGCCGAACGUCGUUCGGAAGACGAGUUCGGUCAUCGGGUUCGCGACGGCAUUUAGUAGCGUGUUUGCGGGAUUGUUUAUACCGGUGUUUCGUAUGCCUAAACCGACUGGACCGCAUAAGGUUGGUAAGAGGCGGUUUUAUUGGGAAGAUACGACGAGAAAGUCGUGGAUUCGACCGGACCAUCCGAGGAGGAAGAAGUUGCCGGAACACAGGAAGUUGAUGGCGGAUAUCUGGUACCCGGCGGAGUUAGAGGAGAAGAUGCGAGAGAUGGAGGAGAAGAACAAUAAGAACAAAAGUACGAGAAAGAAACGAAAUAAGAAAAUCAAUUGGCUGGACCCGGAUUUAGCGAGGGCGAUUGCCAUUUCGUUUUGGGCGCCCGGAUGGGUGGUAAACUAUUUUCGAUUGGUGCGCAUGGAAGCGAGCGAUACGCCGCACGUGGCCACAGAGCCUCACCCGGAAGGUUCCUACGCGGACGAGAUAACCGGGAAAUUCCCAAUUGUUGUCUUUUCGCACUCCUUUUCAGGCAUGAAGGAACAGAAUUCAGCUUUAUUACAAGAACUCGCGAGUUGGGGCCACAUUUGCGUCGCCGCCGAUCAUCCGCACGAUGCCGCUUUGGUGUUAUACCCAGACGGUUCUUCCGCUGAUUUUCGUGGGUACGACCAACCGGAAGAGAUGCGUCCAAAAAUGUGGUGGAAGUUUCGACACCGACAUUUGAAGUAUCGAACGUUAGAUUUACAAUUUGUGCUCGAUCGAUUGCUCGAAUUGAACGAAGACAAAGAGGACCCGUUGUAUAAUACCAUGGACGAUACGAGAAUUGCCGCGUGCGGCCAUUCGUUUGGAGGUGCCGCGAGCGGGAUGUUCGCCCAGUUAGAUAAGCGAGUGACGAGCGUGAUUAUGUUAGACCCGUGGAUGUGGCCGAUGGGCCGAUCGGUUGUUCAAAAAGGUAUCCCGGUACCUCUGUUGGUGUUCGAGGCGCCCAGGUUUCUAGGCAAUCGCGACAUCUUUUGUAUCGAAAACGAUUACUCGAGUUCUAUGUUAGCGCUCGCCACAGCACCGCAGUGCGCGAGAGUAGGUGAGGAUGUUGAUAACAGCAUCGAUAACGGGACCUCGUCUGCGUUGCCACAACCGAAAGCGAUUGACUUUGUGGACGUAUCGACGACGGAUGAGCGAGACGACGACGACGACGAUGAUGAUGUUGAGAAUGCGUGUUCGCGAACGGGGCGCCCGCCGUUGCCACCGCUCAAUAUUAGUAAUCCAUCAAGUAGCAACGCAAUAGAACGAGGAGGCCGACACUCGCGAUCGAACUCGUUCCUCAACGACCAGAUGAUGAAGCAUUCCUUUUCAUCGGUUUCCAUCGCCGAUUCGCUCGCUGAAUCCGAUUACGAGUUUUUCGGUCGCAACAGUCGAGAUGACCGCAGCGGCGACGACGAUUUUGAAUACGCGCCUCCUUCCGGUGUCUGUUACAAAGCCGUUCUUGAGGAAACUAUGCACUUUGAUUAUACGGAUUUAGCCAUGGUGGCACCGUUGACGACGCGCUUGUUAGGUAUGAUUGCAGUUGGCGGAUCCGAGGUGCACGACGUCAUUUCGAGAGCAUCGUUAAGGUUUUUACACGCGCACAACUUACCGAGAAGAAAGCACGUCGUGACGACGUCGAACGUUCCCGUAUACGAAUUCGACGCGGAGACGUUGACGCAAAGAACGCGCAUGUUGCACCCGGGGCCGUGGCCUGGUUGUCCGGCGGAUGAAAAAGACAUCGCGGAAAUAAUAGAAAAGAAAACAAAAAGCAUGGAGAAAGAAGCAAGCAAGAAAAAGAAUAAUAAAACGAGCAAUUCAGCGGCAGCAAGGACGACAAUGGCGGUCGAUAGCGCGAUGAAGUUUGGCGGUGCGAGUAAUAAACGCGCCAAGGAAAUCAAGGAAACCGACGCUCGCGCCGAUCCGCCGUCCUCGCCGAGGGCAAUACUGAAAAAUUUAACUCCUUUUAACAAAGUGCGCGAGGCUAUUUUAGAAGCUGAAACGGAUGAGCGGUGGAAGAACAAAGGGGGUUUCGUCCGAUGGAUCGACGUCGAACAUUUUGCAAACGAAAGAGAAGACAUCGGAGACGAACGUCCGUGGACCGCGGAACAACUUCGCGAAGUACGUUGGCUCCUCUCUGAGACGGAAGGUAAAGACGAUUCGUUCGUUUUAAAACGCUCGGAUUGGAUUGCCAUGUUCCCGAACCGAAGCGAACGCGAAAUACGUGAAGCUUUGGAAAUCAUUGAAAACGAUCCGACCGAACACUCGCCGCCGAAACCGUUGAUGUGGUUGGUUGGUGAAAAUCCAGACGUUAUUAUCGACGGUCCGGACUCGUACGUUGACGUGAAUUCCUCGGACGACGAAGGAGGCAGAAACGACGCGUAUUCGCCGAGAUUCUUGAUUGGCGGGAGCUCGAAAAACCAUUUUGGUGAAAGUCCGAGAAACAGUCAACCGUCGUCGCCGAUGCACGUGGUAAAGCCGCGCGCAAUGACUCGAAUCGACAGUUCUUUGAGGCCGUAA